AAAAACACAAUAUUAAUUUUUGAUUAUGAAUAAUAUAGACACAACAAUUUUUUUCCGGGUUUUUUUGAAUAUCGGAUUCGUAGCCGUAGUGUAUAAUAGGACUCCUAAUCCUGUUCUCGUCCUAUUCGUUUUCCGUCCAUAACGGUUUGAUUAGAAUUCUUCCGGGUGAGUGACGACCAUUACCGAUGUCCUUCACGUCAACCUCCGAUCCUGUAGUUCUCAUCUUCUCAUCUUGUCCGUGUACUGCUAUUCCGUUUGUCCGUAAUCUGUUAUCAUAUCGAAUAGUGCAUUUGUAAUAGGUACCUAUAUACAUAAAGAUCUGCUAGUCGCUCGAAAGUAAAAAACAUACUUCGUAUUGAAUUGCUUGAAUUAAUUUAUGUAAAAAUUGUCAACUUCAUUACUAUUGUGUUUCAGUAACUCUGGGAAUGGACAUAAUCUUCUCGUCCAUUGAUCAAAAAUGUUUAAGUUUCAGAUAUGUUCAGGAUCCAACAAAACUGUUUGAGCAACAAUGUUGACGUUUAGUAGUCUCACAUUUUUCUACUUUUUGACUCAAUAAUAACUUUCUACCAAAGUGGCCAACAUGUCUGGAGAAAAUAUUGAUUAUGAUAAACUUGUUAAAGAUCAUCUGCGUUUACGACUAAUAGAAUCUGGUUGGAAUGAUCAACUAAAUGAAUUAAUUCAGAAUGCAGUCAUAAAACGAAUAGAAAAUGGCCAAUCGGCAAACAGUAUUAAGUUUGAACAGUUGUAUAAUGAUGUUGUUGAUUUUGCUCGUGAUGCAAUAACAGAGGAACUAGAAAAUGAAUUUCAUCAAAAAAUUGAUGAGUAUUUAUCACUAAAUUCUUGUAAAGAAUCUAAUUCAUCAAUUCCAUCACCUAAUUCUCUUUGUGGCUCUUCUGAUAUUCAUAUGGAAGUUUCUCCUAGUAUUUUGUCUAAUGUUACGUCUAAUAUUCCUUCCGAUUGUCCUUCGGAUAUAAUCACUAAUGAUGAUUCAUUUAUGGAUACUGAAUGUUCAUAUAACCAUUAACUAUAGUAAAAUAAAUUUUUGUUUGCAUUUUA